AUGUCCAUCUCCGAGAACUAUCUGCACGGGGAGGAGGGCGGAGCAUGCCCUAAUGAAGUGAGGGGUGUUAUCCGUGCUCAGCAGCCCCGUGCAUCUGAACGAGAUGCUAUCUUCUCAGGGGCUGUGCCCCACUUCCUUGGAAAUGAUGAAACAUUGGUGACCAACUUCCAACAGAUGGAGCUCUGGCAUGGCAUCGUCGUUGCAACCGUGUCCCUCUUCCUCCAGGCCGGCCUCCUCCUGGCCAUCACUCACCUGCUUACCAGGCACAUAGCCUACCAGAGUGAGCGGAUACUGAAGGAGACCAGGCUCCAGGCCCAGUGGCCCAGAUCUGCCCACCACUACCCCCCAGCUGCCAAGGAGACAAAGGAGAUCUGGACAGGCCAAGACACCCCAGGACCUGCUCCCUGUUUCAAACGUGACAGCCGCAUAUCCUCAGACAGCCUGGACAUCGUGCCUCCCACCUGCCAGGACACCAAGGGUGUGAAUUACACACAAGUGGUCUUUUCAGCAAAUGGAGGACAAAAGAAAGACCCUGCCUGGGACUAUGAGGACAUAAAGGAAGCCACAGACUAUGUCAAUGUCAACCCCCAAGGUCAUAAACCCAGUUUCUGGACUGUCCUGAAGCCCGCCGUCUCUGACCCUGUGGAAUACACUAAAGUGGCCAUGUGAA